UGAAGUGAGGUUCUGAGGCGGGGAAGGAUGGAUCCGUCGGGGGCGUUCUCCCGGAGCUCGAGCAAUGUGUCGUUGGCGUCGCUGGUCAGGAGCGGCAGCGGCGGGAGCGGGCGCGGCAGGGGCGGCGCCGUGGGGAGCAGGCGGAUGAUGCAGCGGGUGCUCCGCGGCGUCAUCACCUUCAUCUUUGCCAUAGCCGGGCUGUUCCUGGGAGCCGUCACCGGCGGUCUGAUCGGCCUCGCCACCGAGAGCGGCCUGUUCCGCGGCACGGGCAUUGGCGCCAUCACCGGCGCGCUGGUGUCCAUCGAGGUCGUCGACUCCUCCAUCCGCCUAUGGCGCUCCCGCCGGUCCGGGAUCUGGAGCAUCCUCUACGUGCUUAAUGUGAUCUACAGCCUCAUCACGGGCAGGCUUGUCCGUGAGAAGGUUGAUCCGGCGGUGCAGCGGGUGGUUCGCAGCCAGAUGAAUGCCGUGGACUCAUCGCAGUUCAGGGAGGCCCCUGACCUUUUCGAGAUCGAGGGCACCAACGGCAUGCCGAGGGCGUCGAUUGAUAAGCUGCCCGAGAACAGGAUCACCGAGGAGUACAACCGCAACGCCGUCGGUGAUCUUUCAGGAUGCUCUGUCUGCCUCCAGGAUUUCCAGAUUGGGGAGAAGGUGCGGAGCUUGCCCGAUUGCUGGCACGUGUUCCACGUGCCGUGCAUCGACGGCUGGCUGAUCAAACACGGGUCGUGCCCGCUGUGCAGGAGGAAGCUCUAGAUCAUCAUCAUCACCAUCCUCAACGACGAUCGAUGAAGAACUGUGCUCUGUUAUUAGAAAGGAGGCUAUGGUUGCUGCUUUGCAUGCUGUGUGCGCGCGCUAUGCCUGUGUUGCUGUUGCUAGGAGGCUGACAUAUCUAUAGAACGAACCCUAAAUUUAUAGAGUUUUUGUUUUUUUGCUUUUGCUUUUUGAUCUCUCUCCCGAUCAAUGUAAUAUAGUAUGUACUACUGAAAAAUGAAAAAGCACCGGACCGGCUUGCGCUUUGUUCUCUGGUAAUGUUACAUAUCGCAAUAUUGUACAAUA